UUCCGUUUCCUGAGAUUCACUUCCGGGUCCUGCGUAGCGGUUGAAGGCGCGGCGGGAGAAGCUGCAGGAAAUUAAUUUGAUGGCUCUGAAGAAGUCACCACUCUCGCUGGAAUCCAGUGAUAGUGACUCUGAGGAGUUGCCAGUAUUUACCUUUCUAAAGAAGGAACCAGCUUCAACAAAGAGAAGCCAACCUCAGAAGGAAGAGAAGAUUGUAGUAGUAGAUACCUCAGAUUCUGAGGCCUCUUGUCCUCUAUCACCAAGGUUGAAAAACCCACCAUCUGUCCUAGACGUAUCUCAAACUGUCACACAAAGAGAGCCAGUCAGGGUGCUAAGCAGUGGAAGUGAGAGUGAGGAGGAAUUUAUUCCCCUGGCUGAGAGGCUUACUUGUAAGUUUUUGACCCAUAAGCAACUGAGUCCUGAUGAUUCUGACUCCCCGGUUAAAAGUGUCUGGGGUCAUCAAAAUAAUGAAGGAGCAGCAUGUGACUGGAAAAAACAGCCUUUUCCAAAGAGCCCUGAUGUUCCCCUCCAUGCCACCUCAGAGAGACUUGCAUUCAAUAACAAGCUCUCUUUAGUAGCUGAUCCAUGCCACCAGCUUCCAGCCUGCCAAACCACCUGCCCUGUCCAGUGCCAAAGCUUGACAGUGACCAACACAAAUGCCCCAACUCAGAAAAGAACCAAGCCCCGUCAGAAGGCGCAGAGGAGAAUCACACAGGGAAACCAGCCCCAGGAACAAGCAAGCCUGAAGAAAGGCGCCCUGAGACGAGAGGAAGGGAAGAAGGAGGCAGCACUGGUUCACAGGCUAAAAGCCCAGAGGCCAGAGGAGUGCUUAAAGCACAUCGUUGUGGUGCUUGAUCCAGUGCUUUUGCAGAUGGAAGGUGGGGGCCAGCUCCUGGGAGCGCUGCAGUCCAUGGGGUGCUGCUGUGCCAUUGAGGCGCAGGAAGUGCCUCGCAGUGUCACCUGGAGGAGAAGGGCCGGGCCGGCUGAGGAUGGAGAGGAGGCCUGGGUGGAAGAGCCGGCGGUCCUGGUGCUGCUCCUGGUAGAGGCAUUUGUGUCCAUGAUCUACUACUUCAAGCAGGGAAGUCUGAGCAGCACCGAGAAAGGGAAGGAAACACUUCGGAGCUUUGUAGCUGACAUCACAGCAAGGACAGCAGGGAAAGCGCUGUCAUUGGUGAUUGUGGACCAGGAGAAGUACUUCAGUGCUCCACAGCUUCCAAAGAGAAGGAAACAGGGAAUGGCAGAUAGAGAACAGGCCAAGGAGAAGAAGCAGCAGCGUCGGCCAGAGGCCAACACAGGGCCCGUGGUGUCCAGGGUGGAUAUGGAAGAGGCAUUGGUGGAUCUGCAGCUAUACACAGAAACCCAGGCUCGAAUUGUGCAGAGUUGGAAAGAGAUGGCCGACUUGGUAUGUGCAUUCACGAAGGCUGUGGCUGAGACACCCUUCAAGAAGCUCCGAGACCAGACCAGCUUCUCCUUCUGCCUGGAGAGUGACUGGGCUGGAGGGGCAAAAGUGGACCGCGCCGGCAGGGGACUUGCAGUAGUAUGGAAGAGACAGAUUCAGCAGUUGAACCGUGUCAGCCUGGAGAUGGCCAGUGCAGUUGUGGAUGCCUAUCCCUCCCCACAGCUCCUGCUCCAGGGAACCCUGACUAAGGAACAAAGAAGUCCUACAGAGGAGGUCUCAAGUACCAAUCAGCAGCCAUUUGAUGAUGGCAGGUAGGUCUGACGCUAAAAAGAGGUUGUGUCCAGCAGAACCCAAUUCCAUAGGAAUCCAAGCUCCAAGGCUGGGAGGCAGCAGGUGUGUUGAGGACGAGCUCACUGCUGAGAAUCGGUCUGCAGGACCCACCGGAGGAUGUCGUGGCUGCGCAGGCCCCGGACCGCGUUGUCGUAGAUGGUGUUCACGCUGGUGCAGAGGGGCUGCCGCUGCAGCUCUGUCACCCGACAAGCCACCAGCCCACCAGCCACACACAGCAGCAGCAGCAGCAGCAGCUUCAGCACAGCCCAUGACCGGGUGUGUUUCCGGGGUGGCGGCUUGCGGGGGCGAGAGCCAGAUUUAGAUUCUGGAGGGACAGAUUCGCAGUAGACAAAAAAGUUCAGUCAGGUUGGGGAGACCCAUAGCAUUCUACCAAUCAGUGCUGGUCUCAACAUAGAGCCACUUGUACCCCUCUUCUCAAAUGCAAACUCCCAGGCUCUAAAGAGAAAACUUUUAAGAACACCCAAACUCUUAAAAAUACCUCACUGUGCAGACUGAAACAUAAACCUCCCUUGGAUCUUAAGGGGGUACAUUCAAGACGGGGACUCAUUCUGGGUGUCUCAGGUAGCUCCCACAGGCCCUAACACUUAAAUUCUCCGUUGCGUGGUAAUAAUCCAGGCCCCUUGGGAUCAAGGGGAGGAGUUUAUCAGGAGGCACCACGCAUGGUACACAUGGCUAGAAUGCUCCCCAUUUGGGGGGAAACAGGUUUGAGAUUUAUUAAUAGUAUUGUUGAUAUUAUGGUAAGAUUUAUCUUGUUAACAGGAAUUAACCUGGGGUGGGGGUUACAGAUGACUGCCAUAUUCUGAUACAUAGAACUUUUCUAAAUCUCUACAGUGAUAAUAUUACAUCUAUAAUAAGGGGGGAAAACUGGCUUUGAGAUUUUUAGGCACUUCACUGAGCACCCACAAGCCAAGAACUGCAUGAUCCUGUCACUGAGACUUUCUUACUCAGCUCAAUCUCAUCGCUACCCUGGGUAAUGGGGUGUGAGCCUCAUUUUACACAAGAAAACAAAAAGGAGAGGUUAAGCAACUUGCUCACAGCAACCGAGGGUAAGCGGGGACAGGCAAGCUGACCUCCAGCCUCCCUACAGAAUCCUGCCCUCUCGGGCCCUUCUGGCCAGAGGGAACGCAACCCUCCUGUGCCCAUGCAGCCGCAUCAACACAGAAAUUCAACUGGACAGAGUCAGGCAAAACGCUAACGUGUCUUUAUAACAUGGCUCCUGGAACACAGGCCAUGUGAUUCCUUUGGUACUUAAGCAAAAACAGUGACGUGUUCCAACUUGGAAAGAAAACCACAGGCAGGGCCGGCCUUGUUGAAACUGCCAUGCGCUCAACACGUGCAGUGCCCUUCAUGGAUGACGCAAGGGGCCUUUAAGGGGAACCUGACCAUACGCAGUCUUUGUCCCUCUCAGGCCAGCACUCUAACCCUUACAAGAGUGCAACUCCCUGCUCCGGGUAUGCGCUCACCUGAAAACACCUGCACAUAAACGUGUGGUGCUGGGGCCCUCAGUCCCUAGGGGAGCCCCCAUUAUCUGUCACCCUCCAAGAGCUACUACCACUCCCUAGAGGAUACCGUACUACCUAAGGUUUGCCAGCUCGUUCACCCUCGUCUGCGCCUGCAGACGUGACUCUCCCACAACAGCCCCUCUGGAACCUGCAAAGGAGAAAACAUACUCGGAGCCUGAUUUGUUUCCUUCUUAGGUUUCUUCUCCUGUUCCCGCUUGGCUGCUUUGAGGGCAUCAUACUCCUUUCUGCGGCGCUCCUUCUCUUCUGCCUUCUCCCGCUUCCGCAGUUCCCGCUCCUGCGCCUCCUUAGCUCGCUGCUUGGCUUCCCGCUUCUUCUCAGCUUCUACAAAAAAUAGAUCCCCAAAUGACUUACCUUCCAUAGACCCACCAGUGUGCUCCCCCAGGUGAUUAGAAAUAGGGCUCCCGCCUUCUCUUUCUAUGCCACGAGGCACAUGAGAGACUUUCUUUCUGCUUUCCAGGAAGUGAAGCUGCUCUCAGGGUUUGCUGAGUUGAUGCUUAGUAAGGAGCCUCUAGCCACAGCAGCAGAGACAUGAGAGUAACAUAGCAAGGGGGAAUGAGAAAGGUGCAGGUGAUAAGUCCGGUGCUGCUCUAGAAUUAGGUACAAAUUCACAAGGCACAGCAAUUGACAGCCCUGUACAACCCAUCAUGAAGAGAAGGAACAACAGGUGUUGAUUCUAUGGGAUUCCUAUCUUCCCAAGCUUUAGAAAGGAAUGUGAUGUGGGGAGGCAAGCAAGACAGUGAACACUCAAGUUCAGGGUUAGAGAUGAUAGAAAUUUCUGGAAAACAACAGUUUAUCAGAGGGCUAAUCUCUAUAGAUAUCAAUUUGGGAAUCUAUGUGACACAUUCAGACUGACUUCAGAGCUCAAGUAUGUUUACGUGGAGUACCCAACUUACAAAUUAUUUGCUCUAAAUUGCAUUUCCAAAUUAGUUAUUGGAAGCUUGAAGUAUAUUUUUCCAAAGCCAGAAUGCCACAAAUGGUGGUUAAAUGGCCUCUUGCGGCUUAAAAGCCUCUUUAGCUCCUUAUGUAGCUGAAUAGUAGAGCUAAAAGCACUGUAGCUUUCCACUGCUUCUCUGUGGACAAACUCCAUGUUCCAGCUGGGUGCUAAGAAUGCCAAGAACAUGCCACACCCAGCCUCCAGAGAGCGCGUGCCACCGAGAAGCGACAGCAGCAGUGGCCAGAGUCAGCAGGGAACCGGGUAGCUAUGCGUGUGGCGAGGGACAGUCCAAAGGCAGGAGCUCUGAUUUGGGACUGCAAUCAGCACGUCGGUCCCGCCCCUCCACUCGCCCCCCGCCCCCCAGGCAUCCCCAGCAAGGGGGCUCCAAAGUCAGCCAGGCAAUCCAGUCUACUGUGUGCCAGGUCUUAUGCUAAUUCCUAGAUAGAGCAGUGAGAACCAUUCAGGUUCUAGGGCCCAAGUCACCUACUUUCCAGAGAAGACAGACAAUAAAAAAGUGAGCAAACAGUAAAAACAACAGUGGUAUGUGCCAGGGGGAAAACAGAGGCUUGGCCCGUGGCAGGCCACGCUAGCCAUGUUAUGGAGUUUGAAUUUCAUUCUAAGUACAAUUAGAACCCACAAGAAGCUUCUAGUAGACAGUGACAUAAUUGUUGUAGUUUAAGAAGAUCUCCCUGGCUGCUGUGUGGAGAAGGCACAUGCAUGGAGAUGGGACAUCAUGUCAGAAGGUCUGUGGAGGCUUGAUAUGGGGGUGGCGCUGGAGAUGGAGAAAUAGUCACAUGCUCAACUUGCUGGCAGACUGGAUAUGGGAGUAGCAGAAGAAAGGAAUGUGGACAUCUUUCCAGUGCCAGGCUUGAAUAACUGCAGGGAUGGUGACGACCACUGGGAAACACUGGGAUGUGCAAAGGGGCUGUUUCAACUAGGUGUCAUUCGAGAUGCCUGGUAACCCUCCCGGCAGACAAAAAAUAAGAGGCCGAAUCCGACAUGGUAGCCUGGUAGAAAAGCCAGGACUGGAAGGAGAUUUGUCAGGGAAAGAUGAUACCAGCAGACUGCUCCCCACGCUCUUCACGACUCCUCUCAAUUCUAACUCCUGAAACAUGAGGAUUACCGGCAGGGACGAGUACCUGGAAGACGUCUGGAGGAGGGACAGCCACCCACCUCGUUCUACUUCCAGCCGCCGCUGCUUCUCUCUCUCCUGAUCCGCCUGCACUGCCUUCAUGUGCUGUAACACCUGCAAAGAGAGGGGACACUGGUAAGUCUGACAGCGCACAGGUUUACUCAGGGGAAUCUCAAGAGACAGCGCUCUUUGGGAUUCCUGAUCACCGCCCAGAGGCCUGCAAAGCUAAUGCAGUUAAUGUGACCUUUGGAUCUUAACUUACUACACCAACCUCAGUUGCAGAAAAGUUCUGAACCCAGCUCACUACAGUUGUUUGGAAGUCUGUGAAACACAACGCCAACUGCAGUCUGUAAAAAGUCCUGCUGUGUACAUUCUCUCCUGCAUGAUGUCAUAGAACUCUCCCAGUACCUUUUUUUUUUUUUUUAAAGAUUUAUGCAUACAAGUGGGGUACAGGCCAGAGGUGCAAGGGGUGAGAGGAUUCACCAGAGACAGAGUAGGUAGCAGAACAGGCAGACUGACUGAAAUACACUGCUGAGGGGAACAGUGGGCAAGCCAGGAGAGGUCUGCUGCGCCAUGUGGGUAGCUCCCUAGCCAGGGAUCUAACUCGUGCUGCAGUGGCUGCAGAUAGCUUCAUAGAGCUACGACUUAACCCCUUGUGCCACCUGGGAGGCCCUCCCAGUACCUUUUUCUAAUGAGCAGGGACAGCAUCUCCAAGAUGCUUUGCUGACCUCCUUGAUUUCCCUCGGGUCCCCCAGCUUCCCCUGUCCCCAGUCCUCAGACUCCUAAGUUUCCGAAGGGUAUGGACUAUUGUCCUGUCUGCAGGUAAGCUCAGAGCUUCACUAAUUAUAAGCACUCAGUACUUAUAGUGAUGGAUUGAUUCCCAUUUCAAAAGGAAGAAAACCAAGAUUCUGAUAAGGUGACCUGUCCACUUCACAAGGUUAGAGAGCAGCACAGCUGGGAGGGCAAGUUUUCUGAGUUCCCAGACCAGAGCUGGCUCCACUCGCUUUCAGUGCAGAGGAAGGAGAGCUCUAAGAGAAUGGGAAAGAGCCAGCUGGCCCAAAUACCACAAUUUGGCACCAAGCUCCUCAAAUCUUUGUCCAACUAUGAUGACCUCUGUACCAUUCACACAGAUUCUUGCCAUAAGCAUGGUUAGGGGAGGAGGUAAAAGACUUGUGACCUUAGCAGGUGACCUAGCCUAAGCCAAUUUUCUCAUGUGGAAAACAGAGAUAAGGUUUUCUCCGGCCUGUUGUGAAAAGUAACAUAAUCCCUGCCAUUAUAUGGGCUCAGUAAUACUGUUGCUUUUUAACUUUAUCUUCUUUUCUGCAUUAGUGUAAGAGAAGAAACCCAAACUGUUCUAAAUUAAUAGUUCAAACUGUGCUCACUACCAUCCUAGAUGACCUGCAGGACAGAUGUGUAUUCAGAUGUAAUGAAUUUAUUGGGUGGAAACUUCAGACAUGCCUUCAGACAUCAUAAGAGCAGCAAAAGCAUAUCCCUCUAAGAACCUGGUUUAAAGUCACUAGAAACCCUGUCCUAACUAAGCCAGGCCUUAAAUCUAUGGGCACCUCUCUGGAAGGAGCUGGCCUUGCUCAAACAGAUGGCUGCUCAAUGAGCCGUGGCAGGAUCGGGAAAGUCAUGUACAAUGGAGAGAGGUAGCUCAAGAUCGAAGUCUCUUUCUCUCUCUGAACUCUGAAUUCUAAAUAAGCACCAUUGGUUGGUGGUAGGGGGCACAUAGCUGCCCAAAUAAAGAGCUGGGAGGUAUGAGAGCCGCCCCUUUUACCUUGGUUAGCACACCAGUGUUAGUUACUGAAAACCCAGCAAGUUCAGAAAUGGGAGAGACUCCCAUCUAAUUUAGACCAUGAGUCCCUGGAGGGGAGAUUUUUUCUGCCUAUCCCUAUCUACCACAUAUAAUAAGUAUUUGAUGAAUACUGUGGACUAAAAAGCGACUUUUAAUAGGUGCUUUUACUAUGUGCCAUGCUGACUGGGUACUCUGACUAACCCAGGCCUGCACAAAGUCAGAAUGGUGAGAUCUCAACUAACUCCCAGAGACAAGUGACCGCAUUCUGGAUGGCCAGGGCUCUCUGCUUCAACACCUUAAGCAUGCUGGGGGCCAGCUGAAGUCGGCAGGGCACAGUGCCCCCUGAGGCUUUGGAAUAUACUUGUGAUCACUAAAGACCUUUACACUCAAUAAAAAUUAUUUUUGUGGGUAAAAACUGGGAUAUCAGCAAUUUCAUAUGGUUCAACAUAUUUGUUGGGUGAAUAAAUGCCAGAUGUCUGAGAAACGGAAGUGAAGCCUGCUUCCCAGGGUUAUGAGGACGAUGAGGCGAAACACACAGAGCGUGCAGGACAGAAGAAGAGUGCGUGGUGCUACUGUCCGUCUUCAGAACAGACGUCACUCCUAAAGCACCGAGUUUACAAAACAAGAUUUCACCGGUCACUUGCACAGUUCCCAGAUAAGGGGAAACUGCUGCCCUGGUGAUGUGCCCUCACUGACUUUGUGCUUGGUUCCAUCUAACAAUGGGUGGCAUGGAUGGUAAGGCCAUGUGAGAAGCUCUGGGAUAAUGACAGGAAAAGGCCAUUACUCUCGAGGUUUACAUGGAGACCCGUUGCACGCACAUUUCAUUCACACUCAUUUUAGUAUUCAGAGGGAAGUCUUUUUUUUUUUGUUUGUCAUGUCCCCUAGACAUAGUCAUCUGGUGCCCUGCAGAAAAAGUAGCAACAUGUUCUAAAGCUGGAGGGGAAAAUGACUACAGUGGAGUUUUUGAGGGAUGGAUGCAGUGCUGUUUUCAAGAAGGAACCUGAGGUGUCUCAAGGAUUUAGCAACGUUUGCAAGGUGUGCCUUCCACACUGGACUGAAACCAAAAGCUACAUCUGCCCAGAGGAGGUGACUAGUGCUAUAAACCUACAAAUACUGACACCUUUCUCAUCAAAUUCCUACAAUAACUCUGACUCAGGCCACAGCCCCUGACUUUCCUGUCCCACUGAAACAGGUGUUGGCAGCGUGCCUGAUGGAUCACGUGGCUGUGGUUUAAGACUGGAGGUACCUCAGCAGAGCAGGGACCGGAUUGUUUUACAACUUGCCAGGUAAACAUAGAAACAAAGGUCUCUUUGCUUGACAGGUUCAUCAAAGACAGAUCACUGGGACCUUAGUGCUUUCAUAAACACAAAGCUACAGGUGCCCUGGGGGUGGGGAAAACAAGAGGAGGCUGAGACAAGUCCCAGGGGGUGUGCAAAGGAAACAUUUCAUGCUUACCUUGUUGGCGCACUGCUUACACU